AUUUUAAAUCUGUUAUUUGUAACUAAUAUUAAUCGUUAAGAGGGAAUUUUCUUCAGAUUAGUUGCCACACAUUUAUUUCAAAAUCAUGGUUAUGGCGUAUUGGUAUAUUUAGCGAAUUUUAAAGAUUUCUUUUUAAAAUGUGAAAUUUGAACGAAAAAUACAAAUUGGAAAAUUAAGGAUAUGGACAUUGAAAAUGGAUAUUGUUUGUAGUUUCCGGUUACAUUUUCAACGAAUUCAUCAGGAUGUAAAAGUGUUUUAACGAAACAUUAAAUCAUGAGUUGCAACCAAGUGGUAUUGGAACUUGCCCACGAUGUCGUCAACAACGCUCCUAAUAAAAUGGCGACUGUUAUUGAAAGGUUGCGAGUCAAAGGAGCUCCAGCUCCAAGAAACACUCCAGCGUCGCCACUUUUAUCAAGAUCGAGCAGAGCAAUACCCAGCACUGUUAUUGCUUUAGACAAAUCGUAUGAAAUAGUUUUGAAAAAUUCUAACAAACAACUAAUUGAGGCGGGAAAUACAGUAGCAGUCAGACGACAGGAUUUUCUAAGUCGCUUGCAGCAUGCAAAUCAAGGCAUUACUUCAAUGGAUUCACCUUAUGACUCAAGUGAGGUAGGCAUAACAGAAGAAAAGCCCAGUUUUGUUCUAUGUGGAAAACCAGUAAAUGGUUUCACUACUAAAACAAUUGAUAAAUAUUUAAAAGACCAGAGAGUUGGCAACUACAAAACGUCUGCCCAUGAAGUUACACGAGUUAAGUUACAAAAUAAAGAAUCCAAAACCAGAAGUGAACCUAACAGGUCUGCUGGUCUUGAGAAAUCUGUAAAUUUUAAUGAAUCACUGACAAUACAAGAUACUAAUAGUAUCAAGUCAAAUAAUGGUGCAAACAACCCCCCACCAACGACACCAGCGCCCUCUAUUAUAUCAUUAUCGAAGCGAGGCACAAAUAUGUCGUCAUUUGAAUUGACAGGGAAAAAUUUCAGAUCAGCAUCUUCAGCUGAUUGGAGAGAAAUGAUUGGCUCUUCGGAUCAGAAACGCUCGAGAUUAGACAAGCAAGCGAAAUCAGCUGACAAUCCUUUAAAACAUUAUCUACGAAUAAACAAUAAGGAAAGAGCUCGAAACCAAUUUUCAGAUAACUCUGCCAAAAGUUUUAGCUUGCCUAAUUCAUUUUCUACCAAGGGAAUCAGAAAGUUCAAUAACCCAUAUAGACUUCUUAAAUAUUCAAAACGGCAAAUGCUCCUGCAUCAAAAAGAAACCACGGAUCAUGACCAUCUACAGAGAAUAACACAUCCGCCGAAAUCUGCACCUCAUUACAAUGGGAAAAGCAUGGAUCUACCAAAAUCAAUAUUGCGCGUGCCCAAUCCUUGUUCGGAAACCUUUUUGCUGCAAAUGAUGCUAGAUUCAAAUACAAUGUCUGGAAGAAAACACACAAGUUCUAAAUAUUCAGAUAUUGCCGUACACAAGGAUUUGGAAGAAUUUAUAAUGAUACGUUCACCGUCUUCGCAGAGUAAAGGCAUGUCCAAUGGACCUAAAUCAUCCAAAAGUGGUAAAAGUGUUUUGAAUGGAUUAGAUGAAGAGUCCAUUUGGCCAGGAAACGAUGUUCAAGAGGAAACAUUACAUAAAACUGGCAGACUUUGACAUUUAGUAAUUUUUUGCCUUGAAAUUAAAUUGAAAAUAAGCUUGUUAACAUACAUUAAGGUUCAAAUCUCCUUCUACAUACCAACAUUAAUGUAUGUCGUCUGUCCAAUUGAAAGUUGAAAUAAUAAAAGACAGAUAAUAUAGAAUGGAAUUGAGGUAUAAUGUUGACAAUUAUUCAAUGCUUUAUUUUGAAAGAACUAUUAUCCCGAUAUGAAUAAACGACUUAUUUCAAGACGUUGUUCAGUGCACUGUGCAUCCGAUGGACUAUAGAAAGGAAAUAUAAAUAAAAAAACCUAACCACAAAAAGAGAAAAAAAAAGAUAGAGUACAUUAUACACAAAAGGGCCUCUUUUAAAUCUUCAUUAAUCUCCAAUGAUGCUUUUUAUUGUCUAUGAAAAUUAAUUUUGAAUUCAUUAUCAUGAAUUCAAAUUCGUUUUACACGUAACUUUUAUAUAACGAAUUCUUGAAAUGUACUUUAAUUCAUGCUUCGAUUUCAAUCUACAACUAAAGCUACAAAGAGUCAAAAGUAAUGCUAACACAGAAAUAUGUUUGUCUAAAUGUUAUUGAUUUUGACCUUAUUAAGUCUAUGGAUUUUUGAACAUCUGAUUUUUGCCAUCCUCCUUUUGUUUAGUCAAAAAUCGUCACCAAUUAUUCAUCUGGUACACGUGUUUAAACAAUGAAAUUAUUAUAACGUGGUACCUAAGAAAUUACACCUUAUGUUUGCGCGAAUUAGUCACACAUUUGCACGAAAAAAAAACACGUUUGCGUUUACCUGUUGAAAAGUUACUACAUUUGCGCGGAUUUAUACAAAAACAUAUGAAAAUGAAAUGCAUAACUUCUUAUAAAAACUACAACUUAAUAUUGUAAAAUAAACUGAACAGUUUUGCUGACGAUAUAAUGUCAAAUGCUCCUGUAAAUGAAAAUUGCAACAAAUUUGCCGACUACUUAAGUAAAAAUAACGUUACCAACAAGUCACAAUUUUCACCAGCAAUGUGGACGGCUGUGCCCAAUAAGGAAGAAUUAUAACGCACAGACGUUGGAGAAC